CACAAGGACAAUUUCGGCCCUUUGCCCAAAAAAUAACAACAAAACCAACUGUGGCCUUUCUCCUUUCCUCUUCUAGGGUUUUGUAAUAUAUACGUAGAUCGCCGCUUCUCGGUCCGACCUUUGACAAACACAGGAAAAAAAUGCCGUCACACAAGACAUUUAUGAUAAAGAAGAAGCUAGCCAAGAAGAUGAGGCAGAAUCGCCCCAUCCCUCAUUGGAUCCGUAUGCGUACCGACAACAAAAUCAGGUACAACGCUAAGCGCAGGCAUUGGCGCAGAACCAAGCUCGGCUUUUAAGGACUAUGAUUCCUCGCUGGGACUUGGGAGUUAGUUGUCUAUGUUUUGCACUUGGGGGCUUUAAUUUCUUAUAAUUGUACUAAUGCUUUAUGCUUGAGAUUUUUAAUGAAUAUAUGACUUCGAGUAAAUAAUACUCGUAUUUUGCAAUCAAAUGUUAUGUGAAAGAAUAUUUCAUGGAAUGAUAAUGUUUACGUUUCAGA